AUGAAGCUCCAGUUACUGUUGAUCAGCUUGCUUCUUCAGCCUAUACGCGGCGACUCUGCUUGCAAGAAUAACCCACUCGACCGCAAAUGGCCCAUCCUUGACAACUGGAGUGCCUUGAAUGAAUCGGUCAAUGGAGCUUUGAUAAAAGCCAACCCAGUAGCAGCGACAUGCUUUGCCAACAGCUCCUUCACGUCCACAACCAACUGCGAUACAGUUCAAAAGAGGUGGUUUGAAUCGGCCUUCCAGGCCGAACAACCAGAGUCGAUUGGUUAUCCAUACUGGGCGAACAACUCGUGCGUACCGCCCAAUGAUUAUGCAUAUCGGAAGGGACAGCAAUGCGAGUUAGGGGGCCUUCCUAGCUACAUUCUCAAUGCAACCACUGCUGAGCAAAUUGCUGUCGCAGCUAAAUGGGCAAGCUCGCGCGACAUACGAAUCGUGGUCAAAGGCACAGGUCAUGAUCUAAAUGGCAGAUCGAGCGGAGCAAAUUCAUUAUCCAUCUGGACUAAGCAUAUUCAAAACAUUGAUUUCAACUCCAGCUGGCCACACCCUAUUGCCAAUAAGACCGAGAACGUUAUGAUCGUUGGAAGUGGACAAAAUUGGGGUACUGCCUUACGAUCCGCCGCUUCCGUAGGGAGGACUGUGGUUAGUGGACAAGACCCUACUGUUGGUCUUGGGGGAUUCAUUGGUGGUGGCGGCCACGGCCCUUUGUCCAGCCACUAUGGGCUUGCCGCAGACCAAGUACUUCAAGCGACCGUGGUCACCACCGAGGGCCAGAUCUUGAUCGCAAAUGAUGCCCAGAAUCAAGACUUGCUGUGGGCUAUUCGCGGAGGAGGCCCCGGUCUGUACGGCAUUGUUACCGAGUAUGUGCUGCGUACGUAUCCACUUCCUGAAAAUGUCGUCCUGGGUACACUCUCGAUGUCGGUCACCAAAAACGAUACCCGCGAGGCUAGCGCAUCUUGGACUGCUUUGGCUUCACUCUGCAGAUCCAUCCCAGACCUUAUGGACUCUGGUCUUACAGGAAAUGGUUUUGCCCUAACAAAGGAUAUCACCCACAACGUAACCCGAACUUCUGAUAAAGCAGUAGAGCUGUCUCUGAUGUUCUUUGGAUAUAACACUACGGCAUCGGCUUUCAAGUCCCUCCUCGAACCUGUCAUUGCCCGCAUGGCAUCAAAAGAGCAAAAUGAGACAUUGUCCGUCACGCUAUCUGAACCUACAGUCUUGCCAUCAUAUUCAGCACUUUUUGAGGUUUUAAACCCGGGCCCUAGCCGCUGUGGCGAUAUCAGUCUGACGUCUAGCCGAUUGCUCGGUCGUCCCGAACUCACUGACCUGCCGGAAGAUGAACUACGGACCCAUCUUCAAAACAUAAUGAAUGUUCAGGUCACUGGCCGUCAGUCUAGACUGGUAUUCGGUCUUCAGGGCGGGCCCGGACCUAGAAACGUGGAGAAAGAGAUGCGCGGUGCUCUGACUCCCGCUUGGCGCAAGGCUUACAUCCAUCUCAUGAGCACGGGAGCUGUUGUCGAUUUCGCAGGUGACGCAACACCCCAGGAUGCGUUGUUGGCCGCGGCUGCGUGGACAGAGGAGCACAAGGAAGCAGUCUGGCGCAGGUGGGCACCCGAUUCUGGUUCUUACAUCAACGAGGCAAAUCCUUUCAACGGAAAUUUUCAAUAUGAUUUCUAUGGCGGAAACUAUGAUCGUCUACCCGCGAUUAAGGAAAAGUAUGACCCGACUUCUAGCUUAUAUGUGCAAUCGGGCGUGGGUAGCCAUUUGUGGCACUAUGACUUGAAUACCGGAAAGCUGUGUCGCCAAUCCUGA